CAUAAUUCGUGAGGGAUCUUCAUGUCUGGUUUCAAUUCUGUGCACAGGAACGUGUUUCCCAUAGUGUUUUCGAUAGUGCGGUGUAUCGUUGGCUGCUUCGAUAUCUGAUUUCUCUGUAACUGCGGUUUUGAACGUCGCGCUAACUUCCUUUCCAGGCGCAGUUUAGUGGGAUGGCACUGGCGUGACGCGGCGCUUUCUUUGCGGAUGGUAUCAGCUUUCAUCGCGCCCCCGGUCCUCGUUCUGCUGCGUCAUGACUACGAUCGCACGACAUUGCAGCAGUGCGCGUAGCGUGGGUUUCAGCGUGUCUCGGUCUGCGUGCCCUCGUCUGUGUUUCACGUGCGUGUGUGUGUGUGUGUGUGUCUGGUCGCGAUUCCGUUGCAAUUGUUAGUCGGGCUGACGUUUCGUGGAAGACUGCACUUUGCGUAUUGCCAGUUCCGAGAACUGCAGUGGUCUCCGAAUUCACUCGUCUGUGUGCGAUCGUCUGGUACGGACGGACGGUCGCUUCGGCGUAAUACCUUCGUUCCAGUGACUUUUUUUUAUUGUGAAUUGUGUCCUCCGCAAUCGUGCCGUCAAGGUUCGCCGUCCCUGCUGUUUCGUUCGUCGAAAUCGGUGCUGCUAAGAGUGCUUGCCGGAGGCUAUGCGCCUGACAUAUUGCGAGUGAGACACCUUGCGUCGCUUUUGUCGUGCUAAGUAGUUGUGUGAACGGUUAAGACGCCACUUGCACGAUCGGUGCAAGGGAUCGGUGACCGCGUUGUGCGUUAUCCUCGCUGCGAAGGAAACAGCCCCGUCCUUGGGACAGCAGUGUCGUCGCCAGUGUCGUAGUGCCGCUGAUGUAACUGCCCGACUGUCGGAUGUUGAGGCUGCGCGGAACUGCGGCCUGUGUCCUCCUGCUGUCCUUCUGGUCGCCCGAUCGAAACUCGCCGUCGACGCCGUAUCCGCGGCGCGCCUCUCUAGCCCUCCCGUGACUGCGAACCUGAUCUUGCGCCGUAGCUUCGUCUGGUCGCGAUGGGACGCAAGCGUCUCCACCAGUCCAAGAUGGCGCAGCUGGACAAGGCCAAGUCGCGCAAGAUGAAGGGCCUCUUCGGCGCUGCUCCCCCCUCGCUGCUUCCGGAGCAGUGCUACGCCGGCGGCUACCACCAGGGCGCGCCCGUGUACGCUACCGCCCGCACGCCCUUCGUCUGCUCGAUGCCACCGCCCUUGUAUCUUGGAUGCGUGCCGCCGUCAUCGUUUUUGGUGUCGCCGUCGCAACUGCCCGGAGCGCCCCUGGUGGAUGCUUCCUGCGCUGCACGGCCGACGCCGGGCUCCCCUGGCUGCUGCUUUGUCACAUUCUACACGCGCAAGUCUGCCCUGGAUGCCCAGAACGACCUGCACAACAUGAAGACCCUUCCCGGGAUGCAUCAUCCGAUACAGAUGAAACCGGCUGACAGCGAAAACAGAAACGAGCGCAAGCUGUUCAUCGGCAUGCUGGCGAAGGAGUGCAACGAAAACGAUGUUCGAGUGAUGUUCUCCCCCUUCGGCUCCAUCGAGGAGUGCACCGUUCUCAGGGACGGAAACGGACAGAGCAAAGGCUGCGCGUUCGUCACGUACGCCAGCAGACAGUGUGCCAUCAACGCCAUCAAAGCCAUGAACCACUCGCAGACCAUGAAGGGCUGCAACAACCCGAUGGUGGUGAAGUUCGCCGACACGCAGAAGGAGAAGGAGCAGAAGCGUCAGCAGCAGGUCAUGACCAACCUGUGGACCAUGGCCAACUUCGUCAACCUCGGCACCGUCACGCCCCAGUACCUCGCACAAGCUGCCCAGGCAGGCGCGUUUCCAGGCUUUGCCAACCUUCCACAGCUGAGCAGUGGGCAUCGAAGGUUCAGUCUUGGAUCCCUGAAUGUGCAGCAGCAACUGGCAGCCCUAGCCGCAGCCCAGGCAUCGGCCAACAACUCCAGCACAGGGCUGAACUCGCUCGGUCUCCAGGGUCUCACGGGGCAGGGAGUCACCAGCGCUCUGGCUUUACCCAGCUCUGGUAACAACUCCACCGACCUCAGCUGUGCGAAUUUACAAAGCCUCGCUGCACUUGCAAACCUAGCCAAUAGUCCAGUGCUCUCGACCGCGCUCCCCGAUCAGCCCUUCCCUCCCUCUUGCCUGGUACUGACAGCCGAACGACACAUGUCUGCCCAGGUCACUAACCCAGGCAUCAACCCCAUGGUAGUCCAGAACCUGGCGGCGCUAGCGGCAGCCGGCAGCGGAAACAACUCAGCCGGUAUUCCGGGGCUCUCGGCGGCGGCAGUCCUCAGCAGACGCAGUUCGGCAGGGAAUGUGUCUGGGAGCACGUCAAGUGGCAAUUCAUCCCUGAGUGGCGUCAGCUCUUUGAGUCCCGUGUCCAGUAUGGCCCUGGGUAUGAGCACCAACUCGCUCACGACAAUGGGCGCGCUCACUAACGUCAAUGGUGCGGGUGGUCUGACUGCCAACGGUCCGAGCCUGGAUGCCCUGGCACAGGCCUAUUCUGGUAUGCAGCAGUAUCCAUCUGUGCCUGGAGCUUUUGCGCAGAUUGGUCUGCAGCAAUCACAGAACCCUGUUGGAAAGCAGGUUGAAGAGUGCUUCUUCGCGGCUGCCUCGUACGCAGGUCCCGAGGGGGCCAACCUCUUCAUCUACCACCUGCCGCAAGAGUUCACCGACAGUGACUUGGCGCAGACCUUCAUGCCCUUCGGCAAUGUCAUCUCCGCCAAGGUGUUCAUCGACAAGCAGACCAACCUCAGCAAGUGCUUUGGUUUUGUGAGCUACGACAACUCGCUAAGCGCGCAGGCGGCCAUUCAGGCGAUGAACGGCUUCCAGAUCGGCACCAAGCGACUCAAAGUGCAGCUCAAGCGGUCGAAAGACGCCAGCAAGCCCUACUGAGACGUUGACCUCCCCCCACCCCUCUUGACUCGAGGCGGACACCAGGAAAUGCCUGGAACGUUCGUUGUCUCCUGUCCUGUGUCACGUGAGCAGUCCUGGGCUUAAGCCUGCACAUGCGUACGCACGCCAGCACUACAACAGCAACACCCCUCUCGUACCCUCCCAGUGUGCGCGGACCUCUGGCAGACUUUUUUAUGAAGCAGCAAUGAGCGAGCGGUAAAGAGGAUGCGGGGAAAAAAAAGCCAAAAGAAAAAAUGGAAAGGGAAGGAACAAGCGAGAGGCCGAGAGUGAAAGAAAGAAAGAAAACGACCAUGAGACUUUCGCCAGUUUCUUGUGCUUCUCUCUCUUUUUUUCCCUCUCUCUCUCUCACCCCAUUUGUCGGCAGUGCAGCGAUGACACAAUGCUUCACACCCCACUGAGUCCCUUCCUCUCACCUUCGAAGAGCGGGCGGACGAGAGAGAGAGAGACGCUGAGACGAAAGACUCUCCUCUGAGACAGAGAAAGUGCAUUGUGUUGCGCUGUGGCAUGUUGCUGUUCAUUGUUUGUCUUUUUUUUUUCUUUCUACGAUGUCUGGUCGAAAAUGUUUUGUCAGCAUCUGCACAACUGUGAAAGGGAGGGGUUAGGAGAGCGCUUGCUGCCCCUCUUUAUUGCCUUUUUUUGCUGAUGUUUCUUUCCCAAUCCUGUGCUAGAUCUUGUUCUCAGUCGAGCACAGGCCUACAGGGAAGCUUUCCCCAGGCAGUUGGUCCUUCAAAGUUUAGACUGUAUUGAAUGAAACCGGCAGGCCUGGCCGGAAUGUGUUGAACGAGCCACAUGUUGUCCUUCUCUGUAGUGUUGAUCCGUGUCAUUUGGUCCAGACAGUGAUGUGCAUUGGGAGUGUGUUUCUGUUUUCACUGGCUCAUUGAAGUUUAGCCACCCUGCAUAUAAUGAACCAAACAAGGAGUGUGCAAGCCAUAUAUGCACAACCACUAAGCUGGGGUUUUGUGCAAGGAAAACAUUGAUUCAUUAACACAUACUGCCAUUUUGUGUAGCAGCCUCCCUGCAUUGUACUGGUUGUCGUACGACAGGACCGCGCACUGCCGCGUCAUACCUUGGUGUGACGUACACCGCUGUGUGCAUGCGCGCUGUCGCACGAGCUUGAAGAGCUUAUGCCUGCAGCUUAGCACCGCGCUGCAGAGCCGUGCUUGUGUUGAAACUGGACCAACUGCCCGGGGCAAGCAACUCACGAACUGGUCCUGUGUCGUCAUGGUUUGGCUGGCACAAAAUCUAAUUUGGUUUAUGAGACAUUAACUGGCAAUCCGUAGCAGUCAGACAGGCAGGCCAUGAAACAUUUGCUAGCUGAGACUUUCUACCCUGUGGACACAAAGGCAGUGGUAAUGGAAAGACAAGGAGGCAAGAAGGGACAGCUCAGCCUAUGUCGUUAUCUCUUCCUCGUUUUUUCUUGCUUACCAAUUCUCUACCACAUUAUGUGACGUGUCGUCAGCCCAUAGCUGCAUAUGUAAAGGGAAUCGCCACUUGCUUGUGUGGAGGAGCUCCCGUAAAUGCCUUGGCUGUAGCAACGUCAGCAAGGACUGACCCCGAAUUCUCCAGGUUUUACAGUUGUAAAGUGAGGGCGACAAGGAACAUAUUUUCGGUGUAUUUUCCUCCUGGCAACGCAUGACAUCGGCAUGUCUAGUCCACACCACGCGAUAACCACACAAAACAUGCUUCAGCCAGGCUAACUAUGCUGUCUCCUCCCAGUGUGAGAACAGAUGUGCUGACACCGCAAAGUGCCACGCCACAAAUACAUGAACUGUGUACCUUUUGUGGUGGUACCCUCAAGCAAUCACCUUUGGGUAUACAAUCACUUUCGGGAGAUGUCACGUGACUUGGCAUGGAAUGCGUCCAUGUGUGCGGCCGACAGUGCUGUGAGCACAGCGUGAAUGUAGUGGGAUCGGCACAGCGCCGGUAGCACUGUUGGCCGCCUACUUUGACUCGGCCAGUACUGAGUCCCGGAAAAUCUCACGAAAGUGAGGCUUGAAAAUACACUGCACCUGCUUGCCACCUAAUGUACACUCGCCCACAAGAUAUUACGGGACGCAUGAGCUCGUGGUGAAACGGCCCAGCUCCCCUUUUAGCGGCGCAUCCCUGGUGUCGAGACUGACGCCCGCGCGUCCCUCCGAGACUGCAAGCGUGCGUGUUUCCGCACUUACUCCUUGCACGCCAACGAUAUCCAAGUGUGGCCGCGAGGUGCCCCUCUUGCGAUUGGCGCUGUGGCGUCUUCGACGGACAAAACUUCGUUUAUACAACGGAAAUCACGCAAGCUCACGCUUCUAAACAUGCUUCACAUAGUUUUGUCCAUGAAAGUUGCCGCAGUGCAUAUCACAAGAGGGGCACCUCGUGGCCACAUUUGGAUGUCGCUGGCGCGCAAGGUGGAAGCGUGGAAACAUGCAGACUUGCAGUCUCGUAGGGACGCACAUAUGUGCAGGCGUCAGUCUCGACACCAAGGGUGCACCACUAAAAGGGGAGCAGGGCCGUUUCACCACGCACUCCUGCGUCCCGCAAUAUAUAGUGGCCGAGUGUACAUUCACACAGCAGACCAAAUCGGGGAUUCAGUCUGUAGACCAAUCGCAGCGUUGCUCAGCAUCCCGUAACAGCCACUUGUUGCCAUGGUAGCCGUUUGGUGGUGAUGAACACGUCACGAUGCAUCCGUGGAGUGAGAGGAUCAGCAAUGUAGUCUCUUACGUUCAUCUACCCUGAAAAGUCUGGCAAGUGCCGUCCACUACAAAAUUUCAGUGAGCAAUCCAUUUACAGUCUUCAUGGCCUGUGUGCUCUUAGUGAAGGCUGCAUGCUGCAGCUUUCCUUCUACCAGAUGCCAAACCAUGGACCACUUCCUGGGCCCUGUGGGUCUGUGCAGUGAAUGCGGGAGGCCGCUCCAUUGGUCUGUGUUGUCUUUCGAUGAACGUGCGUACUGUGUGUGUAAAACAGGUUCCGUCGCAGCUUUUUGUUGCCAGGAAUGACUUCAGGGUGAGAUUUCUCAUUGUCCUUGCUCGUAAAAUGUGGAAAAAUAGUGCAAAGUGUAAAAUGGCGGCGCACUAAGUCGUAGUUGCCGUCUGUGUACUUCUUUUUUUUUUCCGUUUUGUCUAAGAAGUUGUCUUGGGACCUGCCAGAAAAUGGAGAGGAACUGUUUCCUGGCGCACAGUUCCGAGAUGUCAUGAACGUUUUGUUUCGUUUUUCAAUGUCAAGUGUUGACAAAGUCAAGGGGUGGUGUGGUGUGUCCAUGUGGCAACUUGAGUUAGAUAUGAUGACACAAGAAGCUGAUAAAACGAACGCUUGAAGCAGACAGCACCUGGCAGAUAUGUUCCGUUUAGUAUGUGUGUUUUGCUUUGCCUCGAGACGUGUCCAGCCAAGCUGUGUUGUUUGACAAAAAGCGUUUCCAAAUUUUUUUGUCUUUUUUUAUCUCUAUGGUGUGUGGUUGUCAUGAUAAGGAUUACAAGGUUUAUCUGAUACACGUGUGGAGGUGUUUGUGGCACGUGAUGGUUAACUAAAGGCAGUCCUUUUUUUUUCCCUAUGUGGUUGGUGUUGUGUAAUCAUGUUUCUUUUGUGCUUGACAUUUCUGUCUCCCUUCAUUUUGCAUUGACUCUUGUCAAUUGAUUGCAUUCUUCUUGAUUUUCCUCCAAGUAUUUUUUGUUCUCGUAUAGUUUGUGGUUGCAAUUUUUUUUUCUUUGAAUUGUACUGCAUGUGAGCUGUACUUCCCCUUUUCACAUUCUCAGUCAGGGUAUGCAUAAUGGUAACCCUUAGUAACAGUGUAAUAUAGUAGUUUUUUUGUAUUAUUUUUGUCCAAUUCCUGUUUUGGCCAGUUGCAAUUUUCUGCCCCUAUUUUCUGUUUUUUCGUGUUUCUUUCAGCUUUUCGGUGUUUGUCAGAAUUAUGGCUUGUUGUCUGACAGAAUUGGACUGCAUGAACACAUCAGCACUUGUUUCUUUUUGUUUUGUCGUUCACAUUUUGGUGCCAUUGCAGAGUCUUUAAAUGCUCUUUUCUUUAUGGAAGAUUUAUUUAGCAAGUUCAAGUACAUUGCACACUUUAUAUGCUAGCAAACCUUAAAAUGCAGUUGAUUUAUUGUUUACAUAUGCCUAAAGCAUUUUCUUGUGCCCGCAGCCUACUGAAAAAAGAUUGAACACUUGUGUUUUCAUGUUGCAAGUCUCUAGUGGUCAGAUCGAAGUUUCAAGAUUUGUAGAUUUUACAUUUUUUUAGAGAAUCACUAUUACCCUUAAAUUUGCUGCUUGGCACGUCUCGGAAUGCUUUUAUAGAAUAGUUAUAAUUAGCAAAUGAAUUUGUUGUAUCAACGGAUUAAUCUGUAUAUCAAAUGCUCUAUAAGCUAGCUGAGCGAUGACACUUGGCUAGCUAGUCUUCAAAGCUCUUGAUUUACUUUGCAUAUGUUCAAAAUCUGUACAGCUGUAAUGUUGGUGCAUCAUCCAUUAGACUAUUGUACGUUCUUAAACACUGAUUUCUGCCUUGUCGUCUGCUACGGCUCGUAUCGUCUGCUACGGCUUGAUAAGGGAUCAACGCGUCUAAACUGUCCUGGAAUCUCACUACUGUACUGUCAAUGAUUUUACCCCAUGUUUGGUGCACGUUUGCUGCAUGGUAAUCAUCAUGUUCACAACUUCUUUUCAGUGAAGUAAUGCUCAUGUGUAGUGUUAUAUUGCCAGGAAAUCCAAGUAGAGUGCAGGUAAAUGCAAGAUAAGGUCAUCUCACAAGAUGGCAGCAACUUCUGUGAGACUUCAAGCACACCACAAAGGGCAUCAGAUUCUUGACAGUAGUACGUGCCCUCUCGCCAAAAUUCUGUCGGCUAUUGCUGCUUUGCCAACAAUACUGGCACAUAUCGAUCAGCAUUUGAAAGAGGAAUGCCGAGCCUCUUCUUCAUUCAUUUGAAUUUUGUCAUGCGUGCCGAGACAAGCUUAGUAUGUGUGGUCUUACCCCCUGCUGUUUUUUUCUCAUUAGCAUAUCUGCCUGUUCUACCAAAAUGUAAGUAAAAGAAAUGUUGCAUUUAACAACUGCCUCAAAAGAGAGGCAUGGUGUAUUAUCAAAGUGCUGAGCAGGUGCUUGAAGAUGCAACACUUCACUUGCCACAGGAAACUCUGAUUAAAAGAAGAGAAUUACCCAUUCUUAAGCAUGUGGCUGAACCUUCGGAUGAAGCUGGCUUUUGUGAUCAUUUAUUAGAAAUUUGGCUAAUGCUGCUUCCCACCAAUGGGAAAACUCGUUCUAUAACAAUAUAAUAAGCCCUUACAAUGCAAUAUGCACAGAUAUCAAAGACUCAUUACUUUGCUUGGGGCUCCUAAAAGUACCAUUGAGCUGCAUGAUUUGGCGGGCACGCCUUAAAUGGCUUAGUUAACUUCAUUCUUAAAAUUUGCACCCUUUAGAGUGUACAAAGGGCCUUAUUUGUGAUGUAAAUGAUACACAUCAUUACUGUACACCCUUUUAGGGUGCAAUUUUUGUCGGCUAUAGUAUAUUUUGUCUGCAUUAACGCAUGCCGUAUUUUUCUGCCAUGAACGUCAUGAGCAUGUAAACAUGCUGCGUCAUUCAUAGCAGGGAAGUGCUGAAAGGAAGGAAAUGCAUACAAGGUUCAUGAGAAUUGUCACAAGAUCGCAGCCUAGAGGGUGUACAAUAGUUAAGAGUCAGUUAGUGGCUAAUAGCUGGACAGUUCCCGAGAUCGUUGUUGGUCCAAUUCGUGCUGCUGGCUUUGCAGACGACUAGUGGUCAGAAUUGGUUUGCCGCUCCAAAUCUGCGCCUCUGGGUGCAGAGCGCAGGCAUACUUGGCAAUGCACAGUUUUCUUACCUUGACGCUGUCUACAAGAAUGACCAAGGUCGUGUCAGUCAGCUGUAGCGUGUAACGAACGACGCGUAACAAGUCGAGAACAGCAAAACGAGCCUCCUGCUCCAUGUGUAAGGAGACCCUUUGACAAUGGGACACAAUGUCACCGCCUUUGUCGCACCGUGUCCGGUUGCCUGAUGGACGUGCAAGAAGUAUAUAUAUUUGUGCCAAAUGCUUGAGACACAAGAAACCAAAAACAGAUGUGAGAGAGAGAGAGAUAUUGAUGUCACUGUUUUUAUGUGCGUGCAUGCUGGCGCAGAUGGCCCUGCAUGCACAACCGAGGAAAAAGUAUUUGACAACUUUUCGUGUGACGUGUGCCGUUCACCGUCUUUGUUCGUUGUCUGGGCCCCCAGUGUUUUUUGUGAGGACGGGCCCAUGAUGUGGUGGUCUAAAAACCCAGUUCUGUGAGAAAAAAAAAAUCGACUCUUGUCGGUCUAACUGUGGCCUCUCUCCCAAGUCGUCCUGCCUUGCUGUUGUCCCCCUGCAUCGGUGUUAAAUUAAUUUAUUAGCUUUAAGUGUCGGUUAAGCGUGCCGUCUUUAUCGCUUUGGCGCUCGGGUUUGUCCAAAAGGUGUUUUUUUAAUUCUUUCAGUAUCUGUUGAUCACUUCUUUCCAAAAUGAUGUCAUUGUAAGGAGACUUUAACAUAGUCAACAUCAAGAACAUUGCUCUAGCAUUUUUAUUUGUGGCCAGUUUUUCUUUUUUUUUCAUUUUGUAAGUAGGGAGACAAAAAGUUUGUAGAACAUGUUGGCUCACCUUCUGGUCAAGCUGUCCUUAUAGAAGGUGACAUGGCCCAGUAGAAAGGAUGGAACAGUGGAGCUUUUAAUGCAGCCUUGCCUUUUGGCAUCGUCACAAGAACAUACAUGAAGCACGCUUGGAACUAGUUUUUUUUUUCAUGACAAAGUACUAAACACAUGGAAGAGCUACAGGCAUGCAUACUUCAAGGUUGUUGUAAUAAUGUUGAGGGUGAUACAGAGGAAAAGAAACUAAGCAUGGGAUAGUCGUUUUAGGCUGAAAAAUUCGACCAGCUUUUGCAAAAGCACACAUUUCGCAUUCUCUGAGCCUUGUGAAUGCAUUAAGACAGUGGUGUGAGGGGGAAGAAAGUUUCCUGAGCUUGUUAAAGUGCUUCACAGCAUAGUAAGCAAGUGCUAUUGUCAAGUCCGUGGGCUGUGGCAAGCUGUGUUAGUAGUAUCCGAGAGGUUCACAAAGUUUACUUUUGGCGAGUUUGAUUGGUGUCAUCGUUGGCACAAGUCAGCCCGCCGGAGCGUAUCAUCCGGGUGAGCCGCUUAUCUGGUUGUUCACUGCUGCGUAGCCCUCCCGGUUCCACACACACUGUGUUGGCUGCAUACAUUGUAACCCUUAACAAAAAGUGAUUCAGGUUCAAAUGUGUGGUGUCAGCCAGCCUUUGAAAAUUUCGUGAUGCUGUUGCAUGACUGCAAGCACUGCUGAGGGUCUCAGUGGUGCAUCUUGCAGACUGUGUCGGAACACCCUGAUGUACUUGCGAUGCGAUUCCCUAAGAUGUGCACCGCCCCUAUGGACAUACACAGCCAGAAAAAAAAAAUGACGUGGACAUAAGAAAAGCACAUUAUAGCCUUCUCCACUUAACAGCCUCACAUGCACACAUACAUAGACAUACACAUGUGCAUUCGUAUAUUGAACACGGAUUCAGCAUGUGAGGGACGGCAUACACAGUUGCUUUUCAGUUGAUCUUCCUUUCUUUUUGACUAUCGAUACAGGAUGUAUAGUCACUUUAUAGAGAGAUAUAUGCCUUCAGGAAAGUAACAACAAAAGAGCCUCUUCAUAUGUCUUGCAGCUCCCCUCUUGUCCCGAAUCCAACCCCGUUCGUGUUUGUGAAUCGUGCUGUGUAUUUGUGCGUGAAAAACAGUUAAGUGAAACUACCACUUGUGUGUGUAAUGUAAGACAGACAUAAGAGGGGUAAAAAAAGUAAAUACGAGGGUCGUGGUCGGAGGAGGAGAGCAUUAUGUGUUUCUAUACAGUGCAAAGGCGAUUAUUUUUGUACCUGAAGACAAAAAAAGAGUUAGGCCCUCAAAGGCGGCCUCCUUCUUUUUUUUUUCUUUCACUAUUGAUUUCUUGUUUUGCCUGUUCUCCCUGCAGCUGCUUAUGCUUAAAUUCCCGUGAGCAUAUACCUUACUGUGAAGUAAAGACAUAGCUUUUAUUUUUGUUUCUGUAUGAAGACACUACUGUGUAUGGUGAAAGUUUUGCGACUCUGUGACACAGACCUAUACCAGAUGUUGAGCUUUGAGGUUAAUGCAUUGAGUUUACGCAUUUUGUGGAAUUCAUGGUUGAUUUCUCUCUAGUUUGAGCAAGACUGCCUUGUUCAGCCACAAAACCUGCUGAUUUACGUCGCUGUGCAGGUUUAUUGUUUUUUUGCCCCAGCUGAGGUGUUGACAUCAGCAUGUCAUCUUUAUGCAGCAAUUGGUUAUUUUCUUCUGUUUGACGACAGCAAGCAGUCGCAGACAAUAGAAGCAGGGAAGUUUGACAUGUCCUGCAAACUUCAUUAUUACUUGUUUUUCCUUAUUGACCUGUAGUGUUCAUUACGUGUGCAUUGUUUGGGCCGAGGAAUGAUAACUGUGUUCACCAACAAACUUGCAUGUACAAACCCAGUUGGUUGCAGACGGCUUCAGUUGCAGAAGUGAUUGCAGACAAAGGACUCACUUCCAUGGCUGAAUCCUCGUCUGCUAUCACUCCAGUUACAGAAUUUAUGGGGUUAACUAAGGUUCCUUCAGUAUGACAGCCGUUGUCGUUUCAUUUUAGCAAAUUAGGCAGAAACAUCUCUUCAUAUUAUUAAGUAGAGUAGUGUUUUCCUUGUUUCCUGCUUUAGAGCCAAAUUUAUGCCGUUUUCACAGGCGUCAUUGGUAUACCUAUGAAAUCGUAAGUAAUGGCACGUCGAUCACCCUGGCUUGCCUAUACUGUUGUGAGCUUUGAAACAGCAGACACAUCGCUGUAGUGAUAGCUUUGGACACACUGCAAAAGUGGCAACGAGGUGACCAUCUGUGGUUUUGUGCACUUCAACUAUGGUGGAACCCGUCACUAUAGUGUUUCACUUCGUGCUGGGCUUCACUUCCCCUUUUAUUUCAUUUGCAAUUGUAGCGAGCCCCUCUUCAGGCUCCAUAGACCCACACUUAUCGAAUUAAAAACUUUUCACUCAGCGUGGUUUCGUUUUGCUAUGCUUAAAAAGAUAUAUUUGGUAUCACUCGUCAAGUAAUAGCACGUCUACUAAGUUGCAUGCUGUGAGCAGUGCUAAGCUUCGGGUGUCUCGAAGUGCGCACCCUGUUUGGAAGCGGACAGGAAACUAAGUAACCAGCCUUUCUUUGUCACAUUCGUUAUUUCCUGUUCAACAGCCUUGUAAAGAUAUGCCUCUGCAUGUUUACAAAAGCAGUGACCAUUGCUGAAGUGGUUAAAAGAGGGCGCAUUUGCUUUUUUCUGAGUCUGUUUCUCGAAAUUUCGUUUAACUUCGUCUCCACAUUUUUUUCUUGCCGCCUGUACUUGAAGGGUAUUCUGUGUCCAUGUGGUUUCUCUAAUGCAUUACAAGAGCGAGAAAAAAUGCGAAGUUUGCCCUUUAAUUUGUUAUUAGACUGCUUAUUUCCGACUCUGUGUACAUGCGCCUUGUUAGGGAUAAAGAGGAGUGAUUGUGCAGUUAACACCCUCCAAAAGGGUGUUGACACAGUAGGGUGCACUGGUUUGCACCCGGCAUUUGACUCUUUUUCACUCCCCUUGCAGGGUGUAAAUUGUGCUCCCUUGUUUAGGGUAACAAGCAGUGUCACGCUAGAGCCUUGCUGGUGCCCAUGUAAUGAAUGAAAGUAAUACAUGGGUUGGGGGACCUGUCAACCCUGACCUUGUGCCCACUGUGUGGUAUAUCAUGGGCCCACUGAAAAAAAAAGGCUUAUUUUUCGCUGUCGAAGCAUAUGUAGGUUUGUUCGUGUGCCCUUGGCUUUUCUGUUCUUGACAGUGUAUCAUGCCUGUCCACCCUCUACCCUGUUUUUCUUUAGUAUUCUCAUUCUUUGGUCAUGUCUCGGAAUAGUGGAGUUGUGUACGCAUCCCUGUUUCAUUCAGUGCUGACUGCAAUGCUGCACCGAGAAGCUUUUUUUUUUCUUUCGGGUUUACGAGAAUUUGAAUAAAAACACCCAGAGUAAUGGAA